AUGUACCCCCCUCCCCAACAACCUCCCCCCCAAAAGGUCGACAGCAUCACCAUCCCCGUGGGGCCCCGCCUUGGCGGCAAGGUGGUGGAGGCUAAGGGGCUGUCCAAGGCCUUUGGGGACCGCCUGCUGGUGGACGGCCUCAGCUUCAGCAUACCACCCGGCGCGGUGGUUGGGAUUGUGGGUGGCAACGGCGCCGGCAAGACGACGCUGUUCCGCAUGAUCAUGGGGCAGGACACGCCAGACAGCGGUGAGCUGGAGCUGGGUGACACCGUGGUGCCGAUGUACGUUGACCAGUCAAGGGACGACCUGGACGCCAGCAAGACGGUGUACGACGCCAUCGCUGACGGGUCGGAUGAGAUCGACCUCAACGGCCGCACGGUCAACGCACGCGCAUACUGCGGCUGGUACAACUUCAAGGGGGCCGACCAGAGCAAGAGGGUGGGCGACCUCUCAGGUGGCGAGCGCAACCGGCUGCAGCUGGCGCGCGUGCUGCGUCAGAGCGGCAACCUGCUGCUGCUGGACGAGCCCACCAACGACCUGGACGUCACCACACUCAGGUGCCUGGAGGAGGCCGUGUCGAAUUUUGCUGGCAGCACCCUGGUGGUGUCCCACGACAGGUGGUUCCUGGACCGAGUGGCGACACACAUCCUCGCAUUCGAGGGCGACUCGCAGGUGUCCUGGUUCGAGGGGGGCUGGGCAGACUACGAGGCCUACCAGCGGCAGAAGACGGGCGGGCAGCUGCAGCCCCACAGGGUCAAGUUCAGGCGCCUGGCCACCGUGUGA